AUGUUGACAGAACGUCCCGUCGACUUUUCGCUGAGCGGCGGGCGCGAGUCGCGCGCGAGCAGUGACGCGCCCGCGGACUCCGACGACGAGGACGACGACGAGAUCGACGUGCUGGGAGACGAGACGCCGUCGCCGACCCCGACGCCGACGGCGACGCCGACCCCGACGACACCGACGCCGGCGCCUACGCCGGCCCCGACGACGCCGACCUUGACGUCGACGUCUACGGUCUCGACCCCGACGUCGGCGCGAAGCGGCACCCUGCCGACACCUCUGUCGAGACGCGGCACGCCGCCGAGGAUUCUUCAUCCGACGAUUCAUCCGCAUCCACAUCCGCAUCCGCAUCCGCACUCGCAUCCACACUCGCAUCCGCACUCACACCCGCAUCCACACACGGUCGGCCUGCACCAUCAGCCGCAGCACGUCCAGCAUUCCGCCCAACGCCAGCAUCGCUGA